AUGGUGUGCGUGCAUUUCCUACUCAAGCCCCGUCUUUGUUAUAGUAAUGUUUUUGAUUUUAUCGAUAGCUGUUAUUGAAAGAACGCGUGUAGAUGGUGACGUAUGUUAUGCUAUGUUUGGUUACGUCAUCAAAUCAAAUUCAACUCAUAACUCAUAACUUAAUUUUGGGUAUGCAAAAUUAAUAUCGACAUUUAAAAAGCAGGUUUGCACUGAUAUCCAUUGAAAGGGAACGGCCUUGUCGAAUGUGAAUUGAACGAAAUCAAAAUAGCCUUUUGCGUAAAAACAAAACUUGUCCCCAUCUCGCGGAAACAGUCAGCCUUGCGAGGCGUCUUCUUCAACACAACGCAGCACAACGCGUGCAGCAGCAACACGGUCCUCGUCCUCAAAAGGCAGUAGUGUUCAAUGUUUGUUCGCUUGACGUCAAUUCGUAGAAAUGUUCUGCUACUUUUCAUUGUCGCUGGAAUCAUUUCGUACCAAUGGACACGGCGGGUGCCUGUAGAGCAAAAGAGGACCCAUGUUGGACAGGGACUGGUUGCCAACUCCUCCCAGUUCACUCUGGAGGGAAAGCCUUUUCGCAUCCUGGGAGGCUCCAUCCAUUACUUCCGUGUCCCCAAAGCCCACUGGGAAGACCGGCUGUUGAAGAUGAAGGCCUGUGGUCUCAACACUCUCACAACAUAUGUCCCAUGGAACUUGCAUGAACCGGAGAGAGGAGUGUUCGACUUCCAGGACAAUUUGGAUUUGGAAGGGUACCUGAGCCUUGCAGCAGAACUUGGACUCAGGGUCAUCCUGCGGCCUGGACCUUACAUAUGUGCUGAGUGGGAACUGGGUGGGCUACCCAGUUGGUUGCUACGUGAUAAAAACAUGAAGUUAAGGACAACAUACCUGGGAUUCACAGAGGCUGUUGACUCAUUCUUCCACCAGCUUAUGAAGAGGGUAGUUCCGUAUACGCACUCAAAUGGGGGCCCCAUCAUUGCAGUUCAAGUGGAGAAUGAAUAUGGUUCCUAUGCAAAAGAUACAGAAUAUAUGUCAUUCAUCAAGGAGGCCUUAUUGUCCAGAGGCAUCACUGAGCUGCUGCUGACCUCAGACAACCAGAAUGGGUGGACUCUUGGGGGAGUGAAUGGAGCACUGGAAACCAUCAAUUUGCAGAAGAUGAACCCGGCUGUUAUUAAUUACCUGGAAGAAAUACAACCUCAGAGGCCAAAGAUGGUGAUGGAGCUCUGGUCUGGCUGGUUUGACCUUUGGGGUGGCCUUCACCAUCUGUUCCCUGCUGAGGACAUGGUGGCUGUGGUAAAUGGAAUCAUGCAACAGGAAAUGUCAAUCAACCUCUACAUGUUCCAUGGAGGGACAAACUUUGGCUUCAUGAAUGGGGCUGCUGCUGUUGGAUUACCAGCACCUAAACCCAUGGUGACAAGUUAUGAUUACGACGCUCCAUUAUCCGAGGCUGGGGAUUACACCACCAAGUACCAUCUUCUGAGGAAGCUCUUCAGCCCUUACCACACACAGCCUCUGCCUGACGUCCCCCUCCUUCGGAGAAGGAGUGCCCACCAGCCCCUUGUCCUCAUGCAGCACCUGUCUCUGUGGGACAGCCUGCCCUUCACUGGCAAGCCUUACAGAUCCAGCACACCAGUGAACAUGGAGAAUCUCCCGGUGAACAACAACAACGGCCAGUCGUACGGCUACACUCUGUACGAGACCACCAUCACCAGCGGGGGAACCCUCCACUCCAUGAAUAACAUCAGAGACAGAGCGCUGGUUUUUCUGAACAAACACUUUGUUGGUGUUUUGGAUUACACAACCCUGGAGCUGCCACUUCUUGAAGAGAAGGGAGAAAGAACUCUGAGUUUACUGGUUGAGAACUGUGGCAGAGUGAAUUAUGGGAUAACGCUGGAUGAGCAACGCAAAGGUCUUGUUGGAGAUAUAACGUUGAAUAAGAAGCCCCUCCGAGACUUCUUAAUUCAUAGUCUGGAUAUGAAGGCAGAUUUUGUAAACAGACUUCAGAGUUCCGGCCACUGGAAGUCUCUGCGUCACCGGCCAGCCUUCCCAGCGUUCCUGCAGGCCAAAUUGUACAUGGACGGCACUCCCACGGACACCUUCCUCAAGCUUCCUGGCUGGAGUAAAGGUGUUGUAUUUAUCAACGGGAAGAAUCUCGGACGCUACUGCUCCAUUGGUCCACAGCAAACCCUCUACCUCCCUGGGCCCUGGCUUCACAAAGGAACCAAUCAGGUCAUGGUGUUUGAAGAGCAGGAAGCGGAUGGAAAGAUCCAAUUUGCCAGCGGCCCUGACUACGGUAUGACCGUGGACGUCCAGUGAGGACUGGAGGUGAGAGGGGGUUUUGAUCGGUGGCUGGUCAGAGGGGUACCACGGAGUAUGUGGAAGGGUCAGGCCCCAGUCGCCUAUCACCUGAUCCUCUGCGACACUGCAAUAAACCUUUUAUUGCCCAACUGAAUAGUUCCUUGUUGGGGUAAAACUAAACCCACUCCUAACAUAUUCUUUUGUGAGGCUUUGUUCAAAUUGUGGAAGUGGUUUUUAAGAUUUACAAAUGGUCAAAAGCGAUUGAAUAGGAUGUAAUAAUGAAUUACGAAGUACACAUUAUCAUAUUCUACUUAUUUGGUUUAUUUAUUAUGUUUUGUCAUGAUUGUAAAAUAAGUUUUGUCAAAUUGUAUUUAACACUGGUUGGAUGUCGAUGUCCCUUUACAAGGUGAUGUAGACACGUGCAAGUCCUAAUAUGUUCAGUUGUUAAUAAAACCAAUUGCACUUCAUUAUAGCGUUAUACCUUUCUUGUGGGGCAAUAUUGUUUGUUGUCUUUUAAUAAACUGGCAGUUUGUGACCUGUUUUAGGCAGUGUAAUU